ACUACAACUUCCCGUGAUAUACAAGGAGACUCAAGCUUACCAUCUUUCUUGAAGUGCACGGUCUAUAUAACGGAGUUUCCCAGAUUCUCAAACGCACAGUAUUUAAGCUGCACAAGUGCGCAUAGCGAGCGAGGACCCCUGCAAAAUGCUAGCCCUCAUCGUGUUGCUGCGAUUGGCAGCAUGUUCUUACGCCGACAAGGAAUUAUUUGUCUACCCUACUAUAUUGGAAGGGCGGACAACAGUGAAAAAUUUAGUAAUGCGGCUCACUGAAGACAUCACACUUAAUCUCAAAAAAAGCUCCGUUCUCGCAGAGACACUCUUGUUUGUUACCAGCAGCAAAGAGAGCACCCAGCUGGAAGCAGUAAACACAACAAGUAUUCAGGAAGAUUUAUACCACGACACUCACCACCAAUCCUCUGUGAUGGUACACCAGAGAGAUGGCACAGUGCAAGUCGAAGGGAUCCUCAACAGCAACCUGAGAAUUAAGCCUCUACCAGAAGGUGAACGUUCCUUGCAAGGUCAAGUGCUGCAUAAAUUAUAUGAAGUGCAAGAGACAAAAGCGAAUUUCAAAGAUUCAGUGAAGCACACAGGCACGUACCAAGGUAAAGAAUAUGAAGCUUACAGGAACCGAAAGGAACGAACCACCUUUGACACGUUUGUCUUAGAGGUCCAUGUAAUUUCCGACCAGGCCCAUAAUAAGCACUUCGGAGAAAACGAAGAUCUAAUCUCUUACUUGGCCAUCAUGGCCAACGCUGCAAACCUAAGGUACCUGGAUAUGAAAAAUCCAGCAAUAAAAAUUAGGCUUGUCGGAAUAACCAGAAGUAAGCAUGAAUCUUUCGCUGUACAUAAUGAAGGAACUCUCGACGCUGACAAGACAUUGGAUUCACUCGUGGAAUACUACUCCAAAGGGAACAUACCUGGGAAUCCUGACGUCGUGUACUUUAUAACAGGCCAGGACCUCUCCGGCGUUGAAGACGGGAAACUGGACACAACAUUCACAGGACUCGCAUAUACUGGUAGACUCUGCACAACGCAGGGUGUUGCCGAAGGCGAGGAUAUCGCUACGUCUUACUCUGGAACCCGCACAAUGGCUCACGAGCUGGCUCACACGAUGGGAGCAUCACAUGACAAGACGCCGCGGUGCCCGUGGGAAGAAGGAUAUCUAAUGAGUUAUGCGGAUGGAGGGACGAGAAAAUACACUCUGUCUCCAUGCAGUCGAGACAGUAUAAGAAGUACGAUGCAGAAAGUUUCUCGUAGAUGCGUAAGCGUACUCUCCAGCAAGAACUACAUGGCUCGCUACAAGUUUUAUCCUGGGCAAAAAAUGAGUGACCUCUAUUACUGCCGGACGAUAAUGAGACAACCUAACAAGGACAUAGGAAUCAUAGCUAAGAAGCCCCUUGAAUUAAGUAUGAAAUGUAAAAUGGAAUGCUGCACCAAAAUUUACAAAAAGGUAAAUUGCACGGUUGUAGAUAUUCUGGAAGGCAUGCGGUGUUCCUCUAGAAAGACAUGUAGAAGAGGUGUGUGUGCGAUCCAUGAGUGGCUGUAGUUCAGGAAAAGUCUUUAAGUUUGUAUCUUUCCUUCCCAAGAAAGCAGCCCAAAUUUGGACCAAACUGACCUUGAGCAUGCCAAUAGCAAUGAAAAUACAAGAAGCUCACUUUUAUUUUAAUGAGCAAUAAAGCAUUUAUUAUCU